GUUCACACGCUCACACGAGAGCAUAGCACCCCCUUUUUCUCUUUUUAAUUAAAAACAAAUAAUAGCGUUUAAUUUUCGAAGCUUUUGCUGUGUGAUUCAAUCUAAACAACAAAACAAGCAAGUAACAACUAUGAGAGAAAGUAAGAGAAACAAGGGUUUGGUAUUAUAGAUAGGGCUUCAAUUUUGCGUUUUCGCCGAUGGACACUCGUGUUGGGGGCAAGUUUCGGCUUGGUCGGAAGAUCGGCAGCGGCUCUUUUGGAGAGAUCUAUCUAGGGACCAAUAUACAGACUAAUGAAGAGGUUGCGAUUAAGCUUGAGAAUGUUAAGACAAAGCAUCCUCAAUUGCUCUACGAAUCAAAAUUAUACAGAAUCCUGCAGGGAGGAACGGGAAUUCCAAAUGUCAGAUGGUUUGGAGUUGAAGGAGAGUAUAAUGUUUUGGUGAUGGAUUUGCUUGGUCCUAGUCUUGAGGAUCUCUUUAAUUUCUGUAGCAGGAAACUUUCUUUAAAGUCAGUUCUAAUGCUUGCUGAUCAAAUGAUCAAUCGCGUUGAAUUUGUUCAUUCAAAAUCAUUUUUACAUCGCGAUAUCAAGCCUGACAAUUUUCUAAUGGGCCUUGGGAGGCGUGCAAAUCAGGUCUACAUAAUUGACUUUGGUCUAGCUAAGAAAUAUAGAGACAGUACCACUCAUCAACAUAUUCCUUACAGAGAAAAUAAGAAUUUGACUGGAACUGCAAGAUAUGCAAGCAUGAACACACACCUUGGCAUUGAGCAAAGUCGCAGGGAUGAUUUAGAAUCUCUUGGAUAUGUUCUUAUGUACUUUCUUAGAGGAAGUCUUCCUUGGCAAGGACUGAAAGCUGGAACUAAGAAACAAAAGUAUGAGAAAAUUAGUGAAAAGAAAGUUUCUACUUCUAUUGAGGCAUUAUGUCGUGGGUAUCCAUCUGAAUUUGCAUCGUAUUUUCAUUACUGUCGAUCACUACGGUUUGAUGAUAAGCCGGACUAUGCUUAUCUGAAAAGAAUAUUUCGUGACCUCUUUAUUCGUGAAGGUUUCCAGUUUGAUUAUGUAUUUGACUGGACAAUAUUGAAGUAUCAGCAAUCACAGCUUGCAACUCCUCCAACCCGUGCCGUUGGUCCUGGUGCAGGAACUAGUUCUGCAAUGCCCCUUGCCGUCGCCAAUGCUGAUAGGCAGAUAGGUGAGGAAGAAGGGCGACCAGCUGGUUUGUCUUCUGUGGAUUCUUCCAGACGGAGAAUAUCAGGACCAAUCUUGAAUUCUGGACCCUUCUCAAAGCAGAAAAGUCCAGUUGCUCAAGAAUCGACAUUUAGUAAAGAAGCUUUGCUAUCAAACUCCAACAUAUUGGCUCGCUCAAGUGGAUCAUCUAGGCGAGCUGCUGUUUCUAGCAGCCGAGAUGCAUUUGCUGGAAGUGAGUCUGAUCCACAUCGCUCCCGUACAACUGAAGCAAGCCCUGGUGCAGCAUACAGAAUUUCAAGUGGGCAAAGAAGUGCACCUUCACCUAUGGUUGGUCCUUCUGAAACCAAGCGUACAUCAUCUGGGAGACAUACUUCUCACACAAGGAACUUUGACGGAGCUCUCAAAGGCAUCGAAAGUCUACAAUUAGACGAGGAGAAGGUCCAUUAUUAGAGAUUCACAUCUAUUGUACUUCAUUUUCAAUUGGUGUGCUGCUAUAUUUUUGCAGUAGAAUGGCUUAUUUUUCUAGGAGUUUCUGAAGGUUAGGACUUUAUGACUUGACUGCUGGAAUUCUGGGUUAUGUGCAGUUAUAGCCAAAUUAAUCUCGACCCAAUUCUUAAAAGCUACUGACUAUACCAAGGGAAGACAGUCUACAAAAGUUGGUUGGCAGCCAGAAGAGAAAGGGGUGAUUAAAUUGUGUUCUGGCUUCAACUCCGCUUUUCGUAUGUCCUCUUGCUGCAUGUUACGUUCUUGAUUUUUAAGAUGUGCUUUAUGGUGUUGUUUUGCACUAACAGGGUUAAACUUGCUGGCUCCAUAAAUAGGCCAUUGUAUUCAUCUCUUUUCAUUAUCAUUUUUCGUAUUAUUGUGAGCACAAAUGCUGGUAUGAUAUGUUUGCACUAAAAGUGUACCGCUCAA